UAAGUAUACCAGAAUGGUGUGCAUAUCAUUGCAAUGUUUUUCUCAUUAUUAAGCAUCACACACUCAGGAAAAAUUAAAUAAUUAUUAAACAAAAGUUACAUAAAUCAAAGAACUAAAGAAAAUCACUCACUGCUCUUGACUGAAGAACUUCUGUAUAGCUUUAAAGUUGGAAUGAAACUAAAGUUUUACGAUAGUUUUUCUUAUCUGGUGUCAUGUAUAUCCAAGUGAAACGGCUUCUCGCAUAAGAAAAAAUGUAGGGAUGGGCUUGAUUUUGUCCUUUGGGAAUUGAUUGGAUCAUUGUCCCUCACUUGCGCUGAAAAAACGUCAUCAGAGAAGAGAAGAUCUUUAAUCAAAAUUAUUUUGAUUAAAGAUUACGAGCUAUGUGAAUUUAAAAAAAAAUCAUGAUGUGAUAAUAGAUUCAUAAUAAAUAGUGCAAUUUUACAUAAAAAACAAGACUUGUCCAUUUUGAUUUCAUGGACUUUCAAAUCUAUUGAAAAAUUUUAGUGCAAACUACUGGCAUCCGGACCGCUGCUGAAGUGAUGCCGUCACAUGGUACAUGUUACUUUUCUGAGCAUAGGCAAACACCUAACAACCCCCCAGAACAGCCUAGCAAACACCCAGCAACUUAAAACUGCUUCAAACUUUAAGCUUUUUAAACAUCAAAGUUUGUUCACAAACUUUACUCCUCUAGUUUGUGCUAUUGCUUGUAAUUUGUUCAUGCAUUCAUUUUUAUUACUUACUGUUUACUUGUCUUUAAAAAUAUUUGAACUUUAUAGUACUUAGGCCCAUAUUUUUAUCGUGGUAUAAAUAUUGGAAUCGAGAAAUUUCACUGGUAUGUAAAAUGUUGAUGCCAUUACAUUUAUUAAAAUACAAGGUUACAUGUGUCAAAACAACAAAAAGAAUAGCUAAAUGUGAAAAAAAAAAACAUAUAUAUAUUAUAACAUUUACUUAGAUUAAAGCUUAUUUAAUGUUAAAAAAUCAUGGCUUUCAGUUAUACUGUAAUGUUGAAUUGCUACGAUUGCUCAUUUCAUCUGUAGAAUUUUGAGACAAAAAACUUGAUUAAUCAUGAUUAAUUACAGAAAAAAAUAUGUGAUUAAUUAGUUCAUUUUAAAUAGAUUGACAGCACUAUAUAUAAGAUUUAUCUUUUGUCUUAAAGGUUAAGCAUCACAGCCUCAAGCUCCCAGUCUUCCAAUCAAAUGGGGGCCAUUCUGACUUUAGUGGAGCCCGUGGUUGUCAUCAAUAAACUGGGGACGUCCUUCUUUGAUAUGGCCCUCACACAGACCGUGUACAACCAGUCGCUGAGGGCAGCACUAGGAGACAGUGAUCAAGCACAGGCGUUAUCCUCACGCUUUCUUCUUAUUCAGAGUGUGUUAUCCUCUGUGGCGGCCAUGUUGUCCAUUAUACCACUGAGCCGCAUGGCAGACCGCCAUGGACCUAAAUUCUUCCUGGUGGCCUCUCAAAUGGGUUCAGUUUUGGGCAUGUUUAUGCUUGUCAUCUUCAUUUACUGUGAGGUUCCUCUGGAGUUUCUCUACUUGGGCUCUUUGCUGCAUGGUUUGAGUGGAGGUGGGCCACUGUUCUGGGCUGGGGUGGCUGCUCUGGCGUCUCUGAGUUCGGAGCAGGGCAAACGCACUCUUAAACUCAACAUCAUAGACUUCUGUUUUGGGGUCGCAGGGGUUGUGGGAGGUCUCCUGUCUGGAUAUCUGUACCAGAUGGGACCAUCAAUUCUCCUCCUGACAGCAAUUCUGGUUAGUGUUGUGGCACUACUGUACACUGUGUUUGCCCUUUCUGACUCGAGAUGUUCCGUAUCUGAGGGAGAGCCGUUGCUGACUGAAUCCGAAAGUGGGAACACCAUGGAUCGAGUCUCCAUAGGCAUGCUGAUGACAGCCAUGGUGCUGUUCAUAUUAGGCAUGGUCGGAUCAGAAAAUGUGCUCCAGCUGUUUGUACUGAAGCCACCUCUGAGCUGGGACUCAGUGUGGGCAGGAUAUGGCAGAGCCGCCACCAGUGCCAUGUACCUCAGUAGCUUCUUAGGGGUUCUGAUUCUGUUCAAUGUGUUGGGGGACACAGCCCUCACUCUUCUGGGUAUUGUGUCCAACUGCACGGGGAUGGCAAUCAUGGCAUUUGCAAUAGAAAGCUGGGUCUACUUCCUGGCUAGAGGAAUCAUGAUGUUUGCCUGCGUUCCCAUGCCAACUCUGCGAGCUAUGCUGUCCAAGAAUCUGCCUCCUCAGCAAUAUGGGCGAAUCUUUGGGCUGCUCCAGCUGGUUCUGGCUGUGACUGAUCUCUUGUCUAAUGUCUUUUUCACCUCCAUUUACCCACUAACUCUCAGCUGGUUCAGUGGCUUCUGUUUCCUCCUCUCCUGUGCCAUUAGUUACAUUAGUGUCGUCCCGAUCAUGUAA